CCCGUCCCCAGCUGACCCUGGUCCCACAUAGCUGUGGACUUUGUCACCGGUUUACCCCCGUCAGAAGGUAACACAAUCAUAUUGACUGUGGUAGACCGUUUUUCCAAGGCUGUGCAUUUUGUCCCUCUCCCUAAAUUACCUUCAGCCACAGAGACUGCGGACCUCCUAGUCCUCCAUGUGUUUCGUCUUCAUGGCAUCCCCCAGGACAUCGUCUCUGACCGGGGACCACAGUUCUCCUCCCAGGUCUGGAAGGCCUUUUGCCAGGCUCUGGGUGCCACAGCUAGUCUCUCCUCUGGGUACCACCCUCAAACAAAUGGGCAGACGGAGCGGGCAAACCAAGAUCUCGGGGCAGCCCUGCGUUGUGUCACUGCUCACCACCCGUCCUCCUGGAGUAGACAGUUACCCUGGGUUGAGUAUGCCCAUAACUCACUCACCAGCGCCGCCACAGGUAUGUCCCCCUUCAUGGCCUCUCUAGGCUAUCAACCUCCCCUCUUCUCAGUCCAGGAGGAGGCUGUGGCAGUGCCAUCGGUCCAGGCCAACAUCCAAAGGUGUCGGCGGAUUUGGAGAGAGGUCCGGUCUGCCCUUCUCCGUUCAGCUGCCCGGAAUCAACACCUUGCUGACCGCCAUCGAUCCCCUGCACCCACUUACCAACCCGGUCAAAAGGUAUGGCUUUCCUCCCGUGACUUGCCCCUUCAGGUGGAGUCCCAUAAAUUGGCUCCCCGAUACAUUGGACCUUUUGAAGUUGACAAGAUCAUUAAUCCCACUGCUAUCAAGUUAAAGUUGCCUUCAUCUCUGAGAGUCCACCCCACGUUCCAUGUUUCGCUGCUUAAGCCUGUGUCUUCCAGCCCCUUGUGCCCUCCAGCCGAACCCCCUCCACCCCCCCGGAUCAUCGACAAUCACCCUGCCUUCACUGUUCGGCGGAUUCUGGACGUCCGCCGCCGAGGCCGGGGGUUCCGGUUCUUGGUUGACUGGGAGGGUUAUGGCCCAGAGGAACGCUCAUGGGUCCCGCGCAGCUUCUUUCUGGAUGCCUCCCUCAUUCGGGACUAUUAUCGGGAGCAUCCAGACAAGCCUGGGGCGCCUGGAGGCGCCCGUUGAGGGGGGGGUCCUGUCACGGCUCUGGCCUUGACUCCAGUAGUUUUCCGGUGUUCUGCUUCCCCUGGGUCUCCCCCUCCCCUGCCUGUGGGUGUGGCAGGGGCGCGGCUUCCUCAUCAGGCACCUGGUCUCACUCUCCACUCUGCACUCUGCACCUGUCAACAAUCACCUAAUCAACCCACAGUACAAGAACACCAGCUUUCCUGCCAGUCCUCGCCAGAUUGUUCUGCCUACCAGUUGGUAUUCUCUCGGCCACUCUGUAUUAUAAUUACCAGAGUUAUUCUUGUGUUUCCUUGUGCUUCUAGUAUUAACAUUGUGUUCUCCUGUGUUCUGGAUUCCAGUGCCAGCCUCCCAUCGAGCCAUCCUCACGCCGCCUCAGCUCAUUCCUCCAGCCACUCCACCCUGCUCAGCAGCCUGCCUGUCCCCUGCCUUCUCCAGCACCCUCACCACCUUUAUUAUAAUAAAUCCACCUGCUUUUCAACCACCAUCCAGCUGUGUCUGUGUCUGCAUCUGGGUCCUAACCAACAGC